AUGGGUUUAUCAACGAAUCUCCAUAGCCUCGACCUCCGUUCGACUUUCUUUACCGGUCUCCGUCCAUGUUCAUCUCCAAUCCCAUCAAAUUUCAUCAAAAUCUCCUCCAUUUCCAACCCUAGACGCGAAAUCCCCACAAUCAGAUCCCAAGUCUCCACAGUCAGCCUCGAAACUUCAGUGAAAGAGCGUCAAGACGACAUCGAAUCGCUUUUCUCCAAGCCAAUCACACAAGACGAUUCCGAUCGGAAACGAAACGGUAAGAAUUCGAAAAACGGAGCUUCUUCUGGGGUUUCCUCAGGCGUGAAGCUAGAGAACAUAAGGAAGAGCUACAAAGGCGUAACUGUUCUCAAAGAUGUGAGCUGGGAAGUGAAAAAAGGAGAAAAAGUAGGGUUAGUAGGAGUGAACGGAGCAGGGAAGACGACCCAGCUCAGGAUUAUCACUGGUCAAGAGGAACCAGAUUCAGGUAAUGUAAUCAAGGUCAAACACGAUAUGAAAAUCGCCUUCUUGAGCCAGGAAUUCGAGGUUUCGAUGAGCAGGACGGUAAAGGAAGAGUUUUUAAGUGCUUUCAAGGAAGAGAUGGAGAUAACUGAGAAGCUGGAGAAAGUGCAGAAGGCGAUUGAAGGAUCUGUUGAUGAUUUGGAUCUUAUGGGAAGGUUAUUAGACGAGUUUGAUUUGUUGCAGACACGAGCUCAAGCCGUGAAUUUAAACACUGUUGAUGCUAAGGUCAGUAAACUGAUGCCCGAAUUAGGGUUUGUUCCAGAGGAUGCAGAUAGGCUUGUAGCUUCGUUUAGUGGUGGAUGGCAAAUGAGAAUGUCACUUGGAAAGAUUUUGCUUCAGGAUCCAGAUUUGCUGCUACUUGAUGAGCCGACGAAUCAUUUGGAUCUUGAUACGAUUGAGUGGCUUGAAGGUUAUUUGCAGAAGCAAGAGGUUCCUAUGGUUAUAAUUUCACACGACAGAGCCUUUCUUGAUCAGUUGUGUACCAAAAUUGUGGAAACCGAGAUGGGUGUGUCGAGGACAUUCGAGGGUAAUUACUCUCAGUAUAUAAUCUCAAAGGCAGAAUGGAUUGAAACUCAGAAUGCAGCUUGGGAAAAUCAACAGAAAGAGAUUGACUCAACAAAGGACUUAAUCGCUAGGCUUGGUGCGGGUGCAAAUUCUGGUCGGGCUUCUACUGCAGAAAAGAAACUAGAUAAGCUUCAAGAAAAGGAGCUCAUAGAGAAGCCAUUUCAACGGAAACAGAUGAAAAUCAGGUUUCCAGAGCGUGGAACAAGUGGAAGAUCGGUAGUCACGGUUAAAAACAUUGAUUUUGGUUUCGAGGAUAAGAUGCUAUUUAAAAAGGCUAAUCUAACAAUACAAAGAGGAGAGAAAAUCGCUAUAAUUGGUCCGAACGGGUGCGGGAAGAGUACGUUAUUGAAGCUAAUUAUGGGUUUGGAGAAGCCUACGAAAGGUGAAGUAAUUCUUGGAGAGCACAAUGUACUGCCAAACUACUUUGAACAGAAUCAGGCCGAGGUUCUUGAUUUGGAUAAAACGGUGCUCGAAACAGUCUGUGAAGCUGCAGAAGACUGGAGAAGUGAUGAUAUAAAAGGUCUUCUUGGACGUUGCAACUUCAAAGCCGACAUGCUUGAUCGAAAGGUCUCUCUUCUAAGCGGUGGUGAGAAAGCACGCCUUGCUUUCUGCAAAUUCAUGGUGACGCCAUCAACUUUACUCGUUUUGGACGAACCAACCAAUCACUUAGACAUUCCUUCAAAAGAAAUGCUCGAGGAAGCGAUUAACGAGUAUCAAGGAACAGUCAUCGCGGUCUCUCACGAUAGAUACUUCAUCAAACAAAUCGUCAACAGAGUCAUAGAAGUUGAAGAUGGUUGUUUGGAAGAUUACGCCGGCGACUACAAUUAUUACUUGGAGAAGAAUCUGGAAGCAAGAGAAAAGGCGGUGGAGAGAGAAGCAGAGCUAGAAGAGAAAGCUCCAAAAGUGAAGGCAAAGUCAAAGAUGUCAAAAGCAGAGAAAGAAGCGAGGAAGAAGCAGAAGAUGCAAGCUUUUCAACAGUCUAAACAGAAAUCAAAGGCCAGCAAGAAUUCCAAGAGAUGGAACUGA